AUGGAAGCCGUUCACGAUGCUCUCUUGCAGGUGGAAGGGCAGGCCGACUGGGCGGCGAGGGGUUCCGGCAGUGGGUACAGCCAUUCGGGGUACAAUCAGCAAAUUGCGGGCCAGGCGAGCCGUCUGGUCCUGGUGAACGGAGGGAAUAAGGAGACAGAUCCGUUUAUUAACCUGCGAUUUCGGGACAAGACGGGGAUGCUCAACGGACAAGAUCUCGUCGAACUCAUGCAGUUCAUCCUCAAGACGCGCCUCAAGGUCACCAACAGCAUCAUCCAAGAUGAGUGGCAUAUCAAUGGUGAGGAUCUUAUGCGGGCCGUCCAAGGCGCAAGCCAUCCGAGCAACGCACUGGCGAGGUUCGAGGACGAAGUCCGCUACCUACCAAUGGCACCGACGAAGAUGAACAAGGAGCUCAUCCGCACACACCUCCAACUCAUGAGCCGCUUCAAGGCGUCCCUUGACGGCAGCCCCCGGCCCAACAACCGCUUCAUGAAACAUUGGAUCCCGUACUCGAUUCAAGACCCGCUGGUGCUGCACGUCAUUCUGUGCUCGACGGCCAGCUUUCUCAACGAGACGGGCCGGGUCCCCAAGGUUAUGCUGCUCGUGCACCGCGCCACCGCUACGCGGAUGAUCAACGAGCAUAUAAGCGAUCCGCGAAGGUGUACAGACGACUCGGCCAUGCUCGCCGUCGCACAGUCGAUUCUCACAUCGUGGUACUGGGGCGGCACCGACGAGCUCCACGCCCACAUGCUUGGCUUCAAGCGCAUGAUCGAGUUGAGAGGCGGCCUGCAGAACUUGGGUAUGGAGGGCUAUACGAGUAAGAUCUCGCUCAUUAACGACUUUGUCAUCGCGCUGGUACACGAGACGCGGCCCAUUCUCUUCGGCCAGCUGGGAUUCGAGUUUGAAGACGUGGUCCGGGUGCCGUUGCAGGUCAACUUCAACUCGCCGCUACUGUUCGACUGCCCGCUGUUCCUCAGCGCGGCAUCGCCGCUCCGGCUGCAUCAGCACACAGCCCGGAUACUAGACGAGAUGCGGAUUGUGCACCGGAUCGUCGCCGACUUAUCCGACGAUGGCACGCAGGAAGAGGAAGCCUCCGUCUAUGCGGCAGCGGACGCUGCUUUGGCGACGAUAGCUUACAUGCCCGAGGACGUGGCGCUCUUGGAAAGCGACUCGGAGAAGUCGACGGGGCCUGCCAACGUGAGCGGCGGCGGCUUGAAGCGAAAGCGGCAAGGGGACGACACGGCGGAGCCGCGAAAGGCGGGGACAACGGCGGCGGAAACGAGGGCAGCCUCGGGCGAGGAGAUGCCGGACCUGGUUCACCGGUGCGUGCGCAAGGCCGCGCUGAUAUACUGUCAAGCGGUGCGGGACCGGGUGCCAACGAGCAGGACGUGCAGCGAAGACGACUUCAACCAGGUAUGGCAUUGGGCAUGGGGUGCGGGGCUGGAUCGGUGGGCGGCGCUCAGCGGCGUCUUCGUGUGGGUGAUGAUUGCGGUGGUGCCGAGCUCGCUGGCGCUGGUGCACUCGCGCAUGGUCAAGUCGCUACUGGUAACGGGCUUCAUGUACCUGGGGACGGAGAAUUGGCACGUGGCGGCGGACAUUGCGACGGCGGGACUGAAGAUGCAGAGAUGGCUCCGGGGACGCAGAGACGUGAUGCAAGGGGGCCUGGUGAGCGAGGCAUGGGGGGGCGAGACGGUGGUGGAGAGGCACGGGUUCGCGUUCAAGGACGAAAUGCCGGAGGUGGUGCCGGCGACGAUGGAGGAGGAUCACGAAUCGGACGCGUAA